UCUGUGGUCCUCCACUUCUCGUCGUGCUCUCAAGCUUCAACGUCGUUCUCUUUCUCUCUCCUCUCUCUGCAUCUGCGCUAAUAGAUUGGAGUGGGGACUUGCGAGGGAAUCGGAUGAGCUGAGGAUGGCGUACCACAACCACCUGGCUCACGAGAUUUCUUUGCCGCAAUUCGCCGAACACCAUUUGGGCGACCAACCUGCCGGCAUCCACCUAGUUCACCCAGCUUCCAGCAACACCGGAAAGCCGUCGGGAGCUGAUGCCUCUGCCGCGCAACAGCUCUCCGGUGGCCUAACGUGGCUAAACAGUGCCAUCCUCCGGCCGCAGGGCCACCAGUUCCCCGACGGCCGCUUCCUCCACCUUCAAACCUCGUCCGAGGGCCACUUCCGAAACGGCAACGAUGACGUUCCUGUCUCCAGCGACUCCAUGAUCGCCGCAGCGAUGUCGGAUCCUGCCGCCGCGGCCACCGGUAGAGAGGGGGAGACGGCAACGGUAGGCGGCGACGGUGGGGAGCAGCAAGCGGUGGAGGGGACGUGGCAGAACGCCAGGUAUAAGGCGGAGAUUUUGGCGCACCCGCUCUACGACCAGCUGCUCUCGGCUCACGUGGCAUGCCUCCGCAUCGCGACUCCGGUGGACCAGCUGCCGCGGAUCGACGCGCAGCUCGCGCAGACGCAACGCGUUAUCGCCAAGUACUCUGUCCUUGGCGCUGAACAGAUGAUCUCAGGGGAAGACAAGGAGCUUGAUCAGUUCAUGACACACUAUGUAUUGUUACUCUGUUCAUUCAAAGAUCAAUUGCAACAGCAUGUCCGAUUUCAUGCUAUGGAAGCUGUGAUGGCUUGCUGGGAGCUAGAGCAAUCCUUACAAAGUUUGACAGGUGAAUUGAUAAUUAUAGCAAUAAAUAGCAACUCAGAUUUCAUCCUAGAUCUACUUGGUUCUUGGUGUGAAACACUUGGAAAUCCAAGUCUUCAGGAGGACGACAAGGCAAGGCUGGUACAGGAAACUGGAUUGCAGCUAAAACAGAUAAACAACUGGUUCAUAAACCAGAGGAAGCGAAACUGGCAUAGCAACCCAUCUUCUUCCAGUACAUUAAAGAGCAAGCGGAAAAGGAAUGCAGGUGAUAACAGCCCCACUGCUCCAAGCAAGUGAUCGAAAGAGAAAUGAACGAAAACCUAUCGGAUUGCUGAUCUGGCGUGUAAUUAUGGCUUUGUUUGGGAUGGCUUUCUUCCUGCUUCUUAAAGCAACUUUCUAAUGCAAAAAUUAAAAUAUAUGUACUAGAAAGCCGCUUUAAGAAGCAGGAAAAAAGCCGUCCCAAACGAAAGCUAUAUUUGAAUCUAAACAUUAGAAGAUUUUAAAGAGCUCGUGUAAAGAAAUUUGCAGGGAUGAUCAAAAGCUAUACAGAUAAUUGGUGUGAUCAGAGAACUGAUAUCAGCAUCCUGAGGAACUGGAGGCAGGGAGGGCUACAUAGCAGGUUUCAUUCUUCUAUCCUUCAGUCUUUUACAUGUUCAUAGAUAAAAUGAGUACAAGAGUCUUUUCAUCCUUUUUUUUUUGACUAAAUGAAUUAUAAGGUUUAAUCUUGAUGCCCUAAAUAUAUUUUUGAGAAUUAAUUGUGGUUGUGAUGUAAUAAUAUGUGUAACAAUAGUGGCUGUUAGUGUGGAAAAAGGUUAAUGUUAGAAUUUAUACAUAGAUAGGAGCCUGCUGUUUGUAAUUUAUUGAGGCUUGCUUCUCAGCUUUUUGUGGGAUCAAUGAGUCAAUUGCUAAAACCCUACCUGUUCUUUAUUAAAUUGCUUGU